AUGGGGACAACCACCGUCAGCCCAUCACGGCGCAAACAGAUCCUUAAAGUCCUCUUUAUAUCCCUCCUCCUUGACUUGGUCUCCUUCACUUUCAUCCUCCCCCUCUUCCCCUCUCUCCUAACCUUCUACUUGAACCGCGACCCUUCACCAACCUCCCUUCUCCAUCGUAUCCUGCAUUACCUAAAUGCGUACAAAAAUUCCUUUGCUCGUCCCAUCAACUCGCGCUACGACAUCGUCCCUCCCUCGGCGGAGCCUUGGGUUCUCUCUUCUCCCUCCUCCAAGCCAUUGCGGCCCCCCUUCAUCGGCCGCCUAUCUGACAGCCCUGGGACGACGCACCGGCUCUCCCUUUGCUCUAUGGGGGGCGACGAGGGACAGAGGGGCGCGACAAUGGCACUUGUGGGCGUGUGUUUUAGUGUUGCAUUUACGUUUGGGCCGGCGAUGGGAGCCGCGUUGGCGGGGAUUACCACCGUGACAGAAAAUCCGUUCGCGACUGCGGCGGGCUGCUCGUUACUCCUUAUUGUAGUGGAGACGGUCUAUCUAUACUUCUGUCUGCCGGAAACGCAUCCGCGAUUUGCGAAAAUUCGGAAGGAUGUACAUUCUUCUGCCUCUACUCCAGCUGUUGCGACUCCUGUUGGUGACAAAUUGGACGAGCAUAAUCUAAAAGCGAAGCAGAAACCAUCUACUACUAUCAAAGUCACGGCAACGCCAAAAAACUACACCAACCCCCCAAUCCUCCUAAACCUAACCCACUUCCUCUUCCUCCUCCCUUUCUCCGGCCUUGAAUUCUCACUUCCUUUCUUAACUACCACUCUCUACGCAUCCACGAAGUCUUUUGAUUCCCCUUCUGCCCAAAAUGGUCGUCUCCUCUCCGUCAUGGGCCUCCUCGCCUCCCUCCUCCAAUCCACGUUAGUUCGCCGCCUUCCCCCACUACUAACCGUCCGCAUUGGCGUCACUGCCUGCGCUCUCUCUUUCUUCAUCUUAUCGCGUGUCUCUACCGUAUCAGGUCUAUACGGCGCCGGAUGCCUGCUGGCAGUCACCAGUGCCACAGUGGUCACAGGCUUGAAUAGUCUGGGAAGCCUAGAGGCUAGCGAGGGUGAGCGAGGUGUGUUUUUGGGCAGGCUGAGGAGUUGGGGCCAGGCAGGGAGGGCGUCAGGCCCGGUUGUCUUUUGUACGUUGUUUUGGUGGGCAGGGAGGGAGGUAGCAUAUAUGAUAGGCGGAGUAGGGAUGUUGGGCGUUUGUGCACUUGUUUUUAAGUGUUUGAGAACACCCGUCACCUCAAAAAGAUGA